GAUUUAUUGGAUUUUACAGGGACUCUACGAACUCAACCCUCUUAUCAUCAUUUGCAUCUGGUCGGAAUGGGGAAGACGGGUGAGACUGUCAGCAUCGGCGCUCUGAACGUCCCCGAAGUGAUUUCGGAUUUCAAGUAUGGAUUCGUCACGACGGGCAACGGCUUUCUCUAUCCGAUCGACGUUUCCGACGUCAGUUUGAGUCGACUCUACUUGGACGGACUCCCUCCCACUGUCAAAGUGGCACGAAUACGAGCCCACAAGAGAUGGUGGAAGAUGAACAUCGACGGGAUGGACGCCAAGACAAGUAUCGGGACUACCUACUUCUCCGAAUUGCAAUUGUCUUCGGCCAGACUGAACGACAAGCAAGCACGCAGCGUCUGUAUCUUCUAUCACAAAUUAAGACCAGAAACGAUAAGAGAGAGACACGUGCCUCGUUUCGUCCCUCGGAUCAAAGAUAACGAAGAAGUGGGGGCAAUUUUGGUGACGUCGUUGCAAAAUUCGACAACGAAUCAAUCGUCGAUCCUCGGGGGAAAAGGAAGUUCUCUGGUCGAUUUACAUCAAAUUUCCGAUAUUGAAAACAGCUUUUCCGUGCCGAAAGGAAUCGUAAUAACUUUCAACGCGUAUCGAGAGUUAAUCAGAGAUGAAGGAUUACUUCUUCGGAUUUCCCAAUUGGAAGAUGCCGCUUGGGGUAAAACUGGCGAAGACAUGAAAGAAAUUUGCUCACAAACUGUCGAAUACCUGAAAGAAUAUUCUUUACCCGUGUCCUUGGCUUGGGUUCUCCACGAGAAGUUCAUUCAAGUCUUCGGAACAGAAUAUACGUCACUCCCCUUUGCCGUCAGAUCUUCGGCCCAGGGAGAAGAUUCCGAAGAUUUAUCGGCCGCGGGGCAAAUGGAAACGUUUCUCAACGUAACUGGAAUCCAAGAGCGUGUGUUCGAUUACUAG